ACAUCAACUUUCCUCGUAUGUGUGUGUGCAGGAUCCUUUCUGGCGCUUCCAGAACAACAGACUGGAACGGUUUGGCAAUUUGCAACAGAAUCUGCAAUUCUUCUUAUUCUUUCUAUCAUUACCAGCGACCAGCGUUAUCGCUAAACAUAAAACGAAACCAUUGUACUUCUUCGGAGUCCGCGUGUCUGUGUGUGUAUGUGUGGCCAUGCCGAAUUUACCCACUCGUCUGUCAACCGGCAGAACCGGAUGUGAUCCAGAAGCACAGCAUUCAUUCCAUUCCUGCGUUCUAAAUCGCCAUCUUUCUCAUCGUCGGACAAAACAUCACAACAAUACAAGUCAGUGACUUGGCAACGCCUCACACAACCCAACCGAACGCCACCCACGGCAAUAAAAAGAAAAAUAAGUACACAUACACACACACUCUAAAAAGGAUCGGAAAGCACGUGCGUCUAUAUCCUAUGAGAAGGCGGAAGAUUCCGUCUAAUGAAGUGGUGUGCCCUAAGAAGGCCCUAAGAAGGUCCUAAGGAAGAAGAACGGUCCACGCAACGGUGCGUUUCCUUUGAAUGCGCGAAAUAUAAACAUUGCAGUUUCCAGUUCGCUCGAAACACUUGGCACGGGACAAGAUUGUUGCUGAACGUGUAUGUGUGUGUGUGUUGUGCAGUUUACCACUAAGUGCAAAAUUCUACCCCUUCUACGGUGCGUUCUAGUGUUGCGUGUGUCAUGUCCACCGUGGCGGCCCUUCCGCCCAAUGUGUACGGCCGCGUGUGCUAGUGUGUUCCGUCGAUGGUUGCGCCUGCCCGCGCCUCCAUCAUGUGCAACAGAGCAACGGUGCGACCGCCACCACCACCAGCUGCCGAACGUCGUCAUCCAUCGCUGAGCGGUACCACAGCAACUGCAGCGGCACGUGCAACGGUUGCACCUGAUCCUGUCCUGCACGGUCACGGUGAAGAAACCGGUGCACCAGUACCGGUCCGGGCGGUGGGCAAAACAAAGCUUAAGACUGUGCUGUCGGUGUGCGAGAUGCGGGCAUAAGGGUGUGGUUUGGGGCUUAAGGGGGCCAAAGGGGGUCGGGAGAGGGGAAGGAGGGGGCACAAAAUACAGUGUUGGAUGGAUGUGUUUGUAUGUGUGCCGUGACUGUAAAGCCGCGACUCAACCUCAACUUCAAUCAACUGAAACCGAAAACCGAAUUUACAAAACGCACGGAAAAAGUGCAUAGCAAACGGAAACAGAGAGAAAGAGAAAGAGAGAGAAAAAACAAGCAGUUAAACGAAAAAAGAAGAGAGAAACAAACAAGAAAGUGAGAUUCCGAAACGUCCCAAAAAAAAAACCGGAAGCUGGACGCCAUCAGACACCAGGAUUGAUCUGUCUAUCAAAAUUCAGUCUCAGGCGUCGUCUCGGUGGCGAAUGUCCUCUCAAUCAACAGCAUCCGCAAGACGUUAGCGUUUGGGGAGAAGGAAUUGGUGGAGGUGUUGGUGCAAUACCAACCACAGAGAGCCUCCCAUUCGCACGGAAGAUUUGGAUCACCCUUGGAAUUUAGAUAAGAAGGUGGUUCGCUCAACCUUCACAUUGUAGACGACUCCUGAAAGCAAGUCGUCGUUAAACGCAACGCAGCUAUUAAUAUAGUACGUAGGCCAGUGUACAACACCCGGCACCGAUAUUGGACACAGCAGGAAAUUAAUCCUUCCACGAUGGAUCACGCGGUGCAUGCGGCCCGCGGACGGCCCUGGAACAAGCUGCGCUUCGAAAACAACGAACUGGAAAGUCUGUACCAGCGAUACACGCUCAAGCUGCAGCGCUUCUCCGUCACCGGUGUGGUGGCGCUAGUGGUCAUACUGUGCGGCGUAAUGGGUGGACUUAGUUUAGGCUACAAUCAAGCACCAACACUGCACAACGUAUUCAACACCUUCAUGUGUUUACUGUUUACGGUGGUGCUGGGUCUGUUGCAGUUCCGACUGAUCCGCGAUUCACACCUGCCAUACCUGUGCUAUGGCAUUCUGUUCUUUACUGCCGCCUUCUGCUUCAUCUCGAUGCCGACCGUAGGCAUAGUCUUCCCGGUGGAUACACGCGAGGUAAUGGCGGAAGGUGUGUGGCAGAUUGUGUUUGUGAUCUUCCUUUCGUACGCAAUGAUGCCACUGCAAAUCUGGGAGGCUGCGCUAUUCGGUCUCAUACUACCCUCGAUACAUAUCGGGCUUACCGGGUAUAACAUCUACACCGGCAACUUUCAGUAUCUCGCUUACCAACAGUUGGCGGCCAAUAUGGUAAUCUUCAUGGGUGUAAAUGUGGCCGGCUUCGUAGUGAACGUAAUGAUGGAACGUGCCCAGCGUCGUGCCUUCCUGGACACACGCAACUGUAUCGCGGCCCGGCUCGAAAUGGAGGAUGAAAAUGAGAAGCUAGAACGGUUGCUGCUCUCCGUACUACCGCAGCAUGUCGCGAUGGAAAUGAAGAACGACAUCCUCUCACCGGUCGAAGGACAGUUUCACAAAAUCUACAUACAAAAGCACGAGAAUGUGAGCAUCCUAUUUGCGGACAUAGUCGGCUUCACCGUGCUAGCGUCCCAGUGCAGCGCACAGGAGCUGGUGCGCUUGCUAAACGAACUGUUCGGUCGAUUCGACCAGCUCGCACACGAUAACCAUUGUUUGCGUAUUAAGAUCCUUGGCGAUUGUUACUACUGCGUAUCGGGGAUACCGGAUCCCCGGGCAGACCAUGCACGGUGCGCUGUGGAGAUGGGGUUGGAUAUGAUCGAUGCGAUCGCAUCCGUGGUGGAGCAGACGGACGUGAUACUGAAUAUGCGCGUCGGCAUCCAUUCUGGGCGUGUGCUUUGCGGGGUGCUUGGUUUGCGCAAGUGGCAGUUCGACGUAUGGUCGAACGAUGUGACGCUUGCGAACCAUAUGGAGAGUGGUGGCGAGCCUGGCCGGGUGCAUGUGACACGCGCCACACUCGAUGCUCUCGGUGGGGAGUACGAGGUGGAAGCCGGACACGGUGAUACCCGUGAUUCGUACUUGCGGGACAACGAGAUCGAUACGUACUUUAUCGUUCCACCUGCCCAUCGGCGGAAGCCACUAAUGCUCAACACGCUCGGUGUCCGUUCCGCGCUAGGUGCCGCCAACCGGCGCAAACUUUCCUUCCGCAAUGUUUCGAACGUGGUGGUACAGUUGCUGCAUACGAUCAAAUACUCCGUGCCGGUUCCCUUUUCCCACAUGGCAACGGGAGGUGCCGGUUCACCAUAUCCCAGCACUAGUGGCGGUGCGGGUAGUAGCGGAGUCGGUGGCCCUGGAUGUAGUGGAGCCGGUGGAUCCAGCAGUACCGGCGGUGGUGGUCUCUUUUUGGACAAGAAUGCACGCAAGAAUAAAGUGACGGACAAGUUUAAGCGACCGUUUAAAAAGCGUCACUCGAGUGUUUACCAUCAACCGACGAACCGCGUCAACAAGUUUCUGUCGCAGGCGAUCGAGGCACGGAGCGUCGACCGGGAAAAGUCGGUACAUGUGAAGCGCAUUUCGUUGCAGUUCCGCGAGAAGGAAAAGGAACGCCAGUACCAUCAGGACUUUGAUCUUGGCUUCACAACAGCGAUGGGUUGCAGUUUGCUGCUACUCAUACUGAGUGCCGGUUUGCAGAUAUCGGCACUACCGCGCACGCUUAUUCUACUGCUACUGUUCCUAACCGCGUUCGUGUGGAUCAGCGCCAUUCUGAUGCUGCUGCUGGCUGUGCGACUAAAGUGGAUCUUUUGGGAUUUAUCGCAAAGCUUCUCACUGCGACUGGCCAUCACCAUUUUCACCAUCGUGCUGCUCUACUCCGUCGGUCAGGUGAAUGUGUUCACCUGCCUAUCGGAUCAUCCAUGCACGACAAACUUCACCACGAAAAGUGUCCCCAGUGUGGAAUCGCUUGGACCGGCAGGAUCGAGCGACAUUCUCAUGAGUGCGGGAGAGCUGCACCGAAACGAACCGAAUCUCUGGACCGGCCACCAACAGCCGCUUAAUAACUACAGCCAUCGGAAGUGUGCUCUUCCACAGUAUAUUGCCUUAUCGGCGGCUUAUUCGUUCCUUUCCGUAUCGAUCUUUCUGCGACUGCCGAUACUGAUCAAAACGGUCCUGGUCACACUGAUGGGUCUGGUAUACUGUCUGUUUAUCGAGUUGUCACACGCAAACAUCUUCGACUGUUACGAUCAGCGUGUCGAAUCGGCUAUUCCGCUGCACACGAUCUCAGUCGCGCGCAUUCUCAUCUUCAUGAUCGCCAUCUUGGCACAUGGUCGGCAGGUCGAGUGGACGGCACGGUUGGAUUUCCUCUGGCAGCUGCAAGCAUCGCAGGAAAAGAAAGAAAUGUCUGUACUGCAGCAAUCGAAUCGACGGAUACUAUACAAUCUGCUACCAUCGCACGUAGCCGCACACUUCCUUGACAAUCAGUUCGCCCGAAGCAACAUGGCGACCAUGCGACAGGAUUUGUAUCACCAAAGCUACAGCAAGGUCGGUGUGAUAUUCUGCAGUGUGCCCAACUUCCACGAGUUCUACACCGAACUGGACGGGUCCAACCAGGGCGUGGAGUGUUUGCGACUGCUGAACGAAAUCAUUGCCGACUUCGACGAACUGCUGUGCGAGGAACGGUUCCAUGCGAUCGAUAAGAUUAAAACGGUCGGCAGCACGUAUAUGGCGGCGGUUGGGCUCAUCCCGGAGCAUAAGAUGCUACCGACCGAGCCGGGUUCGAUGCGGCGCCUCAUGACGGCGUUGAUCGAUUUCGUGAAGGCGAUGCGGGUGACGCUGAAGAAUAUUAACGAAAAUUCGUACAACAACUUUAUGCUGCGGGUCGGCGUUAAUGUGGGCCCUGUUGUCGCCGGUGUUAUCGGUGCACGGAAGCCACAGUAUGAUAUCUGGGGCAAUACGGUGAACGUGGCGUCACGUAUGGAUUCGACCGGCAUACCGGGUUACACGCAGGUUACGCAAGAGGUCGUCGAUAGUCUGCAGGGAUCACACUUUGAGUUUCGCUGCCGCGGACAGAUUAAGGUGAAGGGAAAGGGCGAUAUGGUGACGUACUUUCUGUGCGAACAAAACGAGCAGCAUCUGUUUGCUGCCGCCGGGCUUGGCACGAAUGGUAUUGCGAGUGGUACUGCCACUAUCGUUCAGCAAUCCGUCGAUGCAGGAUCGACGGCUGUGCUAGCAAUGGUUGGUGGUGGUGGUGGUGGUGCGAGCAAUGGUACGGGAGACACUAGUGGUAGCAUUGGUGGUACGGGUAACGCAUCGCUAGGUCGUGACCGAGCUGGAGCAACCGCACUGCAUCAUCCGUAUAUGGUAGGUCCGAAUGGGAAUAUGCCUGGGCUAGUGCAGCAACAGCAACAGCAGGGUCCAAACUAUCAGAUGAAGCAACGUUUAGAGCUGGAAACUGCAACAGGCAAGAAUGGUCGGUGGCAACACGAUGGUAGCUACAGCAGCAAGAAGGAAAGUUACAACUUCCUCGAAAGCCCUAAUCUGCUUCAUCAGCAACAGCAGCAGCAACAACAACAGCAACAACAAAUGGCUCAAAACCAACAGCUUCAGAUGAAACAUCUGCAUAAUCAGGGACAGGUGUCCAAAAAUGCAAUGCAGUCGUUCCACUAUCCGCAACCGUAUUCAAACCCAACGCAACCACCACAGCAACAGCAGCAUCAACCGAAGGGCGUUUACAAACAGCACAACAACAUCAACAACAACCACAUCAUGAGCAGCGGUUUUCAUGGUAUGGAAAACUACGGCAAGCGUAACUACGACUAUCACCAUCACGUGCAGCCACAGCACAAGCAGCAGGAACAGGCAGUGACUGUUAGUCACAGUGUACAACUACCCACGGGAAGUUACAACAUACGGGAAAACUUCAACAUAAUCGAAAAUCCCAACGUAACCGAUCUGGAUGAAAAUAACUUUAACCACCAUCAGCAGCUGUUGGGACGCGAUCAUCUAAACAAUGGGCACAAGAUACGGAAUCAUCAUCAUCACCACCAUCAUCACAGUGGUCAGCAGCAGCAGCAGCAAGAACAUCACGGUCAGGUAGCUAGUCACAAUCCUAAUAAUCGUGGUGUAUAUGCAACCGCGUCGGAGAAUGAACCACUGCUCGGUUCGGCUUCCGGUGCGAGCGGUAUCAUUGGCAAUGCGGUCAUCAAACCUAUCCAGCAGAUUCAGCAGCAACAGCAGCAUCAGCAACAAAUACCCAUGUACGAACCGCCCCGUUACGCCACAGCCUCAACCGUGUUUCCGCAUGCCAUUUCUGGCGCUCAAGGAUACGCUUACGGUAUGUCGCAGGCGGGUAUGGUGCGUCAUCAACCGACUCCACAACAGCAACAGCAGCAACAACAUCAUCACCACAGCAAGCAACAGUCCUAUAAUCAUCAACCGAUGCAGCAACAUCAGUACGGCCAUCACAACCACCAUCAUCACAAUCAUCAUCACCAACAGCAGCAUCAGCAACAGCAGCGUCAAUCAGCAGCUGUAUUGAAGCAGUAUAUUAAGCCACUACCGAAGCUACCGACAGAGUUCGACGAAUGUCGUGAGCUGUCCUCAACGGACGAUCUUAGUUCACGGCCACACUCGCCGUCGGUUAGCUCGUCCGACGAGAGCUAUUCGAAGACCACGGAGGGAGAAGACUACGAUGGUGAGCCACACUCACCGUUACCGGUCGCUUCCGUCUUCAACCCGGGGGCAAAUGUUAGCAACCCGCUCCAAUACCUGUACCCCUGUGACAUUCAGGUCGAUCCAACGUCACCACCGAAAAUGAGCCCUAUCGAUUUCGCAAACAUGCACGAUUUCGAGGUGACGAGCACCACGGUGGAAACGAAAUCAUCAUCUGCCCACAACAAGGGUGAAUCGUGCAAUAGUUUCGAGUAUCACGAGAAAGGCCCCACCUACCCAAAGUCACCAUUCGAGCGUGAGCUGCAGCGACGCAUGAACGAGUCCCAGUCGCGUCCAAUGCUGGCCCAGGUGUCCGUUGUUAGUGGUGACGGGCAGACUGCAUCGAAUGGAGGUGGUAUGGGAGAAGCGGGCCGAGAGGAAAAUCAACCCACCGGUGCAAAGGGUGUCAAUGGUAAUGGUUUUGAGCAACAGCAGCAACAGCAGCAGCAACCGAAUCAUGACGGUUCACUGGAACGAGUGAGAAAUGUGAACAAUAUUCUCAUCGCCAAGCAUCCUGGCACACUGGAAGCAAUCAAGGAGGCAACGCGCAACAAGAAUCCAUCAGAAUCGAGCCAUCUCCAAACUUCCGAUACGGAAUCGUGUGAGAUUAUUCAUGAUUAUCGCAAAAGUGACCAGAAGGGUCGAAUGCAACAGUCCCUUCCAUACCAGCAGCAACAGCUUAACCAAAUGCAACAGCAGCAGCACCAUCGCCAUCGCAAGUAUCACGCGACAAAGUCAACGAACGAAACCUCCUCGAAUAUAGAGGCAGAUGAGGAUAUGCGCAGUGUGAGCGACCAUCACUACCGUCGGCGUGACCUUGAUCUGGCGGACGCUCAUCAGCACGGUGCCGAUGACGAGGAGGAAGACGAAGACGAGGACGACGUCGAUGAGGAGGGCCAGGAGGAGGAUGACGAGGACGAUGAUGAGGAUGAUGACGAGGAGGAUGAAGAUGAUGCUGAUGAGGAACGUCGACUGCGUGCGAAUCGGCAGCAUCGAGCGCACGAACGGCGGGACCGUUGUAUGAGCAACUCGGAGGGCACUGGUUCAGCGAAUCGCAACUAUAUUACGGACGAGCUAAAGUAUGGCGCACCGGCAGAGCGUGAAGGUAGUGGGACACGGGACAACAACAGCUCCACACACCACAAUCAUCAAUCGCUCGAUUCGAAUCCAGUCGAAAGCCAAUCCGAGUGGAGCGAUGAUGAAUGCCGGGAGGAGGCGACAGGUGGAGCAGAGAGUACUGGCUACAUUACCGAUGAGCCGGGUCUGGAAAACAUAUCCCUGCUGAACGAGGCCGGUCUAACGGACGCGGAAGGUGCACUGUCGGAUGUAAACUCACUGUACAACGCACCGGAUGUGGACGAUACGUCCAUCUCGUCCCGUGCGAGCAGCCGUCUGCUCAGCCUGGACUCGCUAAGCGGUCUGUACGACUGUGAUCUAGACUCCCGGCAUGAGAUGGCGAUUGUGAGCGCAUCGCACAAAAUCACCAACAAAUUUGGCCCGAUCGGAUGAGAGCAGCCACCACCGGAGCGGGGACCACCACCGUCACGGCACGGUUCACGGCCCCCACCACCGCCAGCAUCUCCGGCACCUGCACCAUCCUCAUCCACACCUCCGCCGUCUUUUUCACCGUCGGUUGAAACGCUAUCGGCACCGAAAUCGCCACUUAACGCAGCGUAAGGUAGACUACACUCUCUCUCUCUCUCGCUCCACUGAGCGGUGGUACAACAUUGUAUUGUUUUGUACUAAUUUGAUCGUUUAGCUUUUGUUUUUAUAGUCACGUUUGUUCGAUCCAGCAAACGAUGUUGUGUGGAGUGAAAGUUUACUUACUUUGCAUUAAAAUGGUACGGGAUUAUUUUUCGUUCCUUAUUGUGCAUGGAAUUGAACUAGCAGCCUGUUUGAAGGUGGGAGAGUGUGUUAGUGAUUACAGUUGCGUAGUGUUAAAAAAUUUCCAUCUUCGGUGCUCCGUACAUCAUUGUGCCCGUGUCGCUGUCUCUCUUGCACUGUGUCUUCUUUUAUGCUUUCCUUCACUGUAAUACUUGCCUUAGAGUGCUGACUAUACACCAGUUACGCUCCAGACCUAAAACUCGUAUUGUGCACCCUGACAAAUACAAACAACAGCAGUGUGUCAAGGAACUUGCGCAUCACAUUCCAUUCGGCCAUCUUGAUCGGUACAGUCUCUUACAAUCGCAAUCAAUUAAUCAAUUCAAAGUGGGUUUAGAUACUCGGUGGGCUUAUCCCUAACGACAUCGGCGCUGUAGAAACAUGAAUUAAAAUUUGGCGUUUGUGGGUUCGAUCUUUUGUGAAUAAAUGUGUGUGAAUCAUUUCGAGUGCGAAUGGUGUUCAAAGAUCCACCAAAUAAGUUUACCCUUUACUUGAAUGCACGCUUCGCGGUCGUGCAUUCAAUCAAAAAUAAAAUUAAUGAAAUUGUUUCGAAAAGUGUGUAUAAUUAUCAGCAAAAAAAAAUCUAACGAACCACGCAAUUGAUAUUCCGUUAUGAGAAUGAAAGUAUUCGUAUCACAAUCAAACCGACAAACGUCAAAUUUAUUUUCAGUAUGUCUACAGUGUGAAACCUAUAAGCCCACCUAGCCUCUCUAUACCCACUUUGAAUCAAACAAUCAGUUAAACAAUUACUCGCAAAUUGAAUCUCCUCAGAAGGCAUACUAGCCUUAAAAUUGUGGCCUACUGAUCGUGUUAUGAAAGGUCCCCGUUCUUCUUUCUAAGCGUCCAAAAUAUGUUUAAUUUAUCUUGGAUUGUGCACAAACCGUCGUUAAAGAUCGUCAAUCGUAAUUCGGUGUUACGUGUUCUGAUACGCCAUAAUAUAAAAAAUCUCUCAAUUGCGAUAUAAAAUCGUUAACUAAUACAAAUAUCGAAUAUAGUAGAUACAGUUUGUGGAGCGAGAGGGGGGGGAGAGAGCAGUAAAAGUAAUGUUCUGAUGAUGGCGGACUAAGUAUGGCUGCAAAGCGGCAGAACGUAAUCUCAUUUAAUGCUAAUCUCACUCUCCCUUCCAAAUACACCCAUAAGCAAAGGUGAUCCCUCACACGGACUAAGAUGAAUCAGUGUGAUAUGUGAGAGUUAAGCAAAAAGGGGAAGGUACAAGGGUAGUGUUAGAACAUAAGUAUUUAGCAUGUACAUCUGUACAAACUAAGCCGGUUAGCGUAAUGUACACAAACACGCCGUGAUCUUUUUAUUUUCUUUUUUUCUCUUGUAUUCGUUUUAUAAUGCACAUCGCAAAACGUUACAAUCUUCGAAAGACCAUUUGUACAAUUCUAUCUAUUUGUUUCGUUUUGUUUUGUUUAUGUUUCUUUUCUCUUCUGGCUAGCUCUUCUUUUCUCUCACAUGGUGUAUAUUGAUAAGGUUCUUAAAUCACCACCCCACAGACACUCCUACACCUUUCGGGUGGUUUGUUUGUAAAUUAUCUCCAUUCGCAGAAUGUUGCUAUAAUAAUAGAACUAUGUUGGUGCGAGCUCAGUAAGACUAUACAAAAACACAAACAAAGCAGUGUAGUAUACUAUACAUAGAUAUUUAUAUGUAGCCUGAACGCGGUAAAGCGAAAGGCACACAGGACACAUAAAAAAAACUCUCAAAAGUAUGCUUUUGGACAAAUAAAGUCAAAUAGAAUUUAAAGUAAAACACAUACAACCACACAAGCGUCGCUUAGAAGCAGACUGAUCGCCUUUUUCCGAUUCGGUUUCAUUGAACCAGUUCAGUUAGCUUUAAUGUUCUGUUUCCCUAACCCAGCACGCUUCGGCGCAAAUGCGUGUGUGCUCGCGGUGUAGCACUGAAGCACACCGUACCACACCAGAAACAAAACGCGAGAUAGUUCUGUGAACCAAAAAUAAAAAAUAAUAACCAUUGAGACAAAUGGAUUCAGCGUGUUUUGGUUGCUGUAGAAAAAAAAACGAAACCAAAACCGGACAGGACGCAGAUAAAGCCGUUUUUGUAACUAUUAUUUAUACUUCACUGGAUACGAAUAAUAAAAUUGUCAAUAUCAUUGCCAUAA